AUGCAGCGGCAAAGACGUAUACCAUAUCAUGUGAGAAAUGAUGUUUCUAAUGAACUAAAGAAACUAGAAGAGCAAGACAUUGUCGAGAAAGUCACCAACCAGCCAACACCAUGGAUAUCUCCAAUAGUUUUCACGCCAAAGAAAGACGGAGGUAUGAGACUAUGUGUAGACAUGAGGGAAGUAAACCAGGCAAUCGAAAGAGAGAGAGACACACACAAUCCCAACUUUAAAAGAUUUUAAAGCUGAGGUAAAUGGAGCAAAAUUCUUCUCAAAGAUUGACUUAAUAAAGCAAGCAUAUCACCAGCUCGAAUUACACCCGGACAGUCGAUUCAUUACAACGUUUUCUACCCAUGAAGGAUUGUUAUAUAACAAUUACAGUGAAACACGCAAUUUGAUUGGUCAACAGCCGUGCAGGAUCAGACAAUCCUGCACGGGAAAUUCUGAACAGAAAUUCUUGCACAUAAUUUUACAAAUAUACUCGCAUUGUAAAGUUUCAUUGUACCAUACCUUUCGACUUUGAAGUAAGUCUGCAAUUAUUGAGUCGUUGGUUUAGUUGUAUGAAUAAAUUUCUGAUCGAUACAUUGCUGUUCAGCAAUUAGCAACCCGUAGCGUUGAAAUUCAUCAGACCAUGGCAAGGACAACAUCUCUCGCUUCAAAGUUCAAACGCUUCGCAAUCUUCAAGUAUUCAGAUCUAGAAUCUUUAAAACUACUUUUGCUCUCUGUUUAGCGGGUUUUCCAUUUCAAAUUUUGUAUAUUUUGUCGAAAAAAUCUCUGUAUUUUCGCUGUAUAUUUUCGCGAAUUUGCGAUCAAAUUCUGUUCACAUUUGUUGUUGUUUUCAAUAGCGUGGAGUAGCGAUUCUCCGAUUGGUUAAUUCACGAUUGUUGUGAGAACUGUACAUUUCAUCAGUAAUUUUAAUCAAGUUAACCGUCGUUUCAACGUAGUAAUUUUAUAAAACAAUUACCAAAUGGUUUUCCGGUCCAGGAUAGCAUGAUCCAUGCACUUGCCAUGUUGCUCGACUUUCGGAAAGCGUAAGAAUACUCUCGCCUACGGCUCGUGUAUUUUCACGCUUUCCGAAAGUCUCGCAACAUCCCGCGUGCAUGGAUCACGCAAUCCUGCACAGAAAACAAUUCUGUAUUCCUUUAUUCCAGUACAAAAGAUUAAAUGACGGUACGAACAGUGUAGCCGAGAUAUUCCAAAAUGUGCUACAACAAAACCUUAGCGAUAUCAGAGGAGUGAAAAACCUGGUGGAUGAUAUUAUUAUUCAUGGUAAAACCCGAAAGUCACACGUUGAAAGUCACACUAGAAAAUAUUGUCAAUACUGAACUUCUUAAUAUCUAUAACUGGUUAACAGCUAAUAAAUUAUCCCUAAACAUAAAAAAAUCUAAUUUCAUUAUUUUUCAUUCUUACCAAAAACGGCUGGAUUAUGCGGUAGAUUUGAAGAUGUAUGAUGCACAGUCCAAUACUUUCGUCUCACUAGAAACUAAAAAUUACAUUAAAUAUCUUGGUGUUCUCAUGGUCUCAAAUCUUUCAUGGAAAUUUCAUAUUGGGUACAUUGCCUCUAAUCGUAGCAAACGAAUUGGCGUAAUUGGUAGGCUGCGUCAUUUUGUACCUGUUAGUACACUAAUAAGUAUCUAUAAGUCCCUUAUAUGCUGCCUUACCUAACUUAUGCUAUUGUUGUAUGGGGAUGUGCUGCCAAAUGUUACUUAGAUAAAAUCCUGAAACUCCAAAAACGUGCUCUUCGUUUAAUAUAUUCUGCACACUAUCUGUCUCAUGGCAUUCCUUAUUUUCUGUCAGCUAAUGUUCUGCCAAUACAUUUGCUUUAUUGCAAAUCAGUAUCAAUACUAAUGCAUGACGUAUUAAGUUCAGUAGUACCCCAAAUAUUUCGGCUUUGUUUACCCCAUUAAGUCAGGUACACGAACACAACACCAGAUCUUCCACUAGGAAGAACUUCCACGUUGAAUAUUCAGGUUUAGAUGUGCAAAGCAAAUCAUUCUCAAGAAUUGGAGGUAGAAUUUGGAAUAGCAUUCCUACAGAACUACGUGAAAAAUCAAAGAAUCACUUUAAAAAAGUUUUACAUAGAAAGUUACUUCAAAUAUUAGAAAAGAAAGACGACUAUAUUGAUAUUCUAACAAUACAAAAAGAAAUCGCAAUAAUCUAAAAGUUAAAUUAUUUUAUGAUCUUGAAUUUAAGUUUGAUCAUUCGUUAGACAUUAUGUUUGUAUAUAUGGUGAAUGUAUUUCUAUCAUAUAUAUAUAUGCCUUUUGGUGAUGAAUAAAGCUUGUAUUUACUAAUGAAUUUUUGAAAUCUUCUUUAAUUCCGAAUGUGUGUAGUUGCUGUCCACCACGAUUAGCUUUUGCUAUUUGUGGACAGCAACAUUUUAUUGAUUUUGUAAAUUAAUUUGACUUAAUAAAUUGAAUUGAAUUGAAUUGAAGCACUGGAGAACUGUCUAAAGCGGCUAGCAGCACAAAACUUGAAAGUGGAAGGGGGAAAAUGUGAAUUCCUACAAGAAGAAAUUACGUUCUUUGGAUUAAAAUUUACAGCAGCAGGAACCAAGUCAGAUCCAGAGAGAAUUGAGAACAUGGUUAGAGUACCAGCUCCCAAAACUGCUGGAGAAGUUAGAAGCUUUCUGGGAAUGGCGAACACUUGCCACGAAUACAUUCCAGAUUAUGCAACUAUUACAGCACCUCUAAGAGAACUAACCAAGAAAGUUUGA